AUGGCAAUCGUUCAAGCUGGUUGGUUUUGGGUCGCAUUGCAAGUUUGGACAUCGUGCAACAAUCUGCCGUCUUCUACCGCUCCUAAGAUAGUCUCCUCAGACAUCGAUUCCGUUGUUCUCCUGAAGCUUAGGCCUCUCAUCACACAUUUCUACGUCUUCCCAUUCUUAGUUGCAUAUCCUUUAGCAGCUUAUGCUUAUUUUGUGGAGUAUGACAAAUAUCUCCGAUCAGUUGAUGGCGAGUCUCAGGAAUGGACUUUUCUGCUUUGUGUCACCGUCUUUGGCGGACAUGCUUUGACUUGGCUCUCUACCCGUUGGAGUACUCGUAUCAGACAAGUAGCAACGUGUUGGCAGGUGGCAGACAUUCAAUCAGCUAAUAUCAUCAAAGCAAUCCCUAAACCUAAUCGUGGUAGCCCUGCCUUCUGCCCCAUUCAGCGCUCUCAGCGAACUGUCAAGAAGCCGAAUUCCAAAGCGAGUGAACCCGAGAAGGAGACUGUUCUAUUCAUCGAAUACCAACGUGACGAUUACUUCUACACCCCUGAAACAAACACCUUCAACUUGUUGGCUUACCCUUCAGACCAGAACCCUACUCUAGCCACUUUUAAUAGUACUACCGGAAUUGCUACAGAGACAGAUCUAGCUUUGACUAAGGAACUCUAUGGCAAAAACACUUUCAAUAUCCCCGUACCGACCUUCUUUGAGCUUUUGGGUGAACACAUGCAGGCACCCUUCUUCGUCUUUCAGAUGUUCUCCGUCGGACUUUGGUUUCUCGAUCAAUAUUGGUAUUACAGCUUAUUCACACUAUUCAUGCUCAUUGUCUUUGAAUGUACUACGGUCUUCCAACGUCUUCGGACCCUCAAUGAGUUUCGCACAAUGUCGAUCAAGCCUUACAUGAUCCAGGUCUAUCGUUGUGGAAAGUGGGCUGAGAUCUCAACCGAAGAUCUUGUACCAGGUGAUCUUGUGUCAGUAUUGCGGACCAAGGAAGAUUCUGGUGUGCCAUGCGAUCUACUGCUUCUACGUGGCUCUUGUAUUGCAAGUGAGGCGAUGUUGUCGGGUGAAUCAACUCCGCUCUUGAAGGAAUCUGUAGAGUUGAGGACUGGUUCAGAUCGCUUGGAUUUCCUCGGUGCAGAUCGCAAUUCAGGACUAUUUGGUGGUACAAAGAUUUUACAGGUGACACCUCAAGAGGCUGUCAAAGGUCAAAAACACAUCACUACACCCGAUGGUGGUUGUCUAGCUACCGUUUUACGUACAGGAUUUGGUACCACUCAAGGUCAAUUGGUCCGGACAAUGAUCUUUUCCACUGAAAAAGUCACGGCCAAUAACUUUGAGAGCUUUCUCUUCUUGGCUUUCCUCAUGUUCUUUGCCAUCAUUGCAAGUCGUUACGUAUGGGUCAAGGGAGUGGAGCGCAACCUCAAGCGCUCCAAGCUCCUCUUGGAUUGUGUCAUCAUCAUCACUUCGGUCGUGCCACCAGAAUUGCCUAUGGAACUAUCCAUGGCUGUGAAUGCUUCGUUGGUUGCGCUAUCGAAAUAUGUUUCUCAUUUGACAGCGAUUUUUUGCACGGAGCCCUUCAGAAUUCCUUCCGCGGGUCGGGUCGAUAUUUGUUGCUUCGACAAAACCGGAACAAUUACCGGCGAAGACCUCAUGGUAGAAGGUGUGGUUGGGGUCGAUCAGCAGGACUUAUUGCGACUCGUGCCGCUCAAUCAAACUAAUCUAGAGACUACACUUACACUCGCCUCAGCCCAUGCUCUUGUACUCCUCGAAGAUGGUGUCAUCGGUGAUCCCAUGGAAAAAACAACAAUCGAUGCUGCUGGGUUUCAGUUUUCGUCACUGCUGAAGCGGAUGUCUACUGUCUCAACGGUCAUGAUGCCUGAUCGACAAAGCAAAACUAUGGUCUCUGUCAAAGGCGCACCUGAAGUUCUUAAGACAAUGAUAGCUCAGGUCCCAUCCCAUUAUGAGGAUACUUAUAAGUACUACACGCGUCGUGGAAGCCGUGUACUGACCUUGGCUUACAAAUUUAUGGAUAUCAGUGGGGUCGGUAAAUUGAAUGACCUCACACGGGAUCAAGUCGAGCGUGAUCUUGUGUUUGCCGGUUUUCUGGUUUUCACUUGCCCUCUGAAGCCGGAUGCGAUCGAGACAUUGAAAAUGCUCGCUGACUCAUCUCAUCGGUGUGUCAUGAUCACCGGCGAUAACCCCUUGACGGCCGUUCAUGUGGCUCGAGAGGUCGAAAUUGUAGAUCGGCAGUGCUUAAUUCUUGACAAACGGGAGAAUGCCACAAGUGAUACAGACGUGUCUACCUAUUCAGAUCUGGUAUGGAGAACUGUGGAUGAUAGUCUGAUUAUUCCAGCCGACCCUGCAAAGCCGAUUGACCGCAAGAUACUUGAUGACUACGACUUAUGUAUGACCGGUACGGCGGUCACGCACUUUUCAACGACACCCAAUUGGCACGAUCUAGUCCAGAAUGUAUGGGUAUAUGCUCGAGUCUCACCCUCUCAAAAAGAGAUGGUGGUCACUUCCCUUCGAUCACUCGGCUAUGUCACUCUUAUGGCUGGUGAUGGUACAAAUGAUGUAGGUGCCUUGAAGGCGGCACAUGUAGGUGUAGCAUUGCUGGACGGCUCGCCCGAAGAUUUGAAAGCCAUAGCGGAACAUCAGCGAAAUGAGCGUUUGAAAAAGAUUUGGGAGACUCAACUGAAAAUCUCUCAAAGACUCAACCAGCCACCGCCUUCUGUACCAGCUCCUCUUGCACAGAUUUACCCAGAAUUGGUUGAGGUUCAACAAAAAGCACUGAAAAGUGGCCAUGAGGCGCGUAAGGCGAACCCAAUGGAAAAGUUCAACUUGAGCGACAUCACUUCCAAAAUGGCCGACAUGGAAGAAGAUUCGGGCGGACCACCUCAAAUCAAACUGGGUGACGCUUCAGUGGCGGCGCCUUUCACAUCAAAACUGUCACAUGUUGCCGCUGUCUCGACUAUCAUACGACAGGGUAGAUGUACACUCGUGGCUACAACUCAGAUGUACAAAAUCCUAGCAUCCAACUGUCUCAUCUCAGCUUACAGUUUGAGUGUCCAAUAUCUGGACGGGGUCAAGUUUGGUGAUUAUCAAAUGACCAUCCAGGGCAUGUGCAUGUCGGCAUGUUUCCUCUGUAUAUCUCGUGCUAAGCCGGUUGAGAGGCUCUCAAAGGAGCGUCCACAGGGUAGUAUCUUCAAUGGAUACGUGGUGGUGACUGUGAUGGCUCAGUUCUUCUGCCAUCUUGCAGCGUUGAUCUACAUUACCGCACUGUGUGAAAAGACAUCGCCUCGAUCGAAAGACAUCAAUUUGGAUGCUGAAUUUGAGCCAAGUCUGCUAAACAGCGCUAUAUAUCUCUUGUCGACCUGUCAGAGUGUAGCAACAUUCGCAGUUAACUUCCAAGGCCGACCGUUCCGGGAGGACAUCAAAGAAAACAAACCGCUCUUUUACGGAUUACUGGGAGCCGCAGCAGUAGCAUUUUGUGGUGCAACAAACUUUGUACCGGAGGCUAAUGGAUGGCUACAACUGGUGGACAUGCCAACAAGCUUCCGAACUCAAUUGUGUAUUGUCAUGCUCCUUGAUUUUGGUGGUUCAUUCUUGAUGGAAAUCAUUGCCAAGAACCUUUUGUCAGAUGUCAGACCGAGACCGAUGGUCACAAAAGGAAUUGAAAGAAGAGAAGAAAGAAGAAGAAUAGAAGAAACUGAAAAAUCUAAAUUGAAAGCAAUUGAAGAUGAAAAAGCAGAAGCAGAAGCGAUUGCUAAUUUAGAGAAGAAAUUGAUUGGAUCAUCAUCAACAUCAUCUGGUGAAGAUGAAAAAGCAUUGAGACAAAGGAAGGGCAAAUCUAGUAAAGCUAAAUAAACGUUAGAAUUCAAUCAGAGGACUAUUAGAGUUUCUUUAUAUGUUUUAACAAUUGAAGCAUGGUUCAAGAUGUGAUGAUUUGUUUAAGUUGGGUUUUGUCUUAAGCAUCUCAUAUUUUGUUCAUUUGAAGUUGUAAUAGAUCAUCAUAUUUGGGAAUCAUUAGAUUAUGACACUAUUUACAAAAUUAUGAUCAAGUUGAGGUAACAAUCUUAAUCUAAAGUUUUGUGCAA